UUCACCACUUGUUCGUACCUUGGUCGAUGCAUUUUCAUGGAAUCAAUCCCAAACCUUCAAGUUCAAGGCUCCAAUUCCCAGUCUGAGGUUCCCAGUUCCCUGUCAUCGCUACGGGAUUCUUCUGAGCCUCCUGAUGUUGGCAAUUGGUUCUCUAGCUAUCAGUAUCAGACUCCUGAUCCGGAUUCGAAUUUUAGUUUCGAAGGAUUCGCUCUCAGAAGACGCGACGAAGAAGAAGAAGAAGAAGCGAAUGUUGAAGAGAUUAGGGCCAGAGAUGAAGUUGUUGUUGGGAAGAAGCUAGUGCAAUGUAGCGGAAAUUCUUGCGAAGUCGAUGAUCGUAUUGAAGAGGGGUGCUUGAACCAGAAUCUGGAUUCUGUCAAUUCAAGCUUGCUAUUUUCUGAGCCUCCAGACAUCAGGAACUGGUUCUCAAGCUAUAACUAUGAGUCUUCUGGAUUUGAUACAAGUAGUCUUUUCAGUGAUGAAGAUUCUGAAGAGAAUAGGCGUGGGGAUGACAGGUUUGAUGUUGGAGUCAUGAAUGAAGCUGAAACGAGGUCUUCUGAUAAAAACAUGAAGGGUUAUGAUAGUGCUGAAAUGAAGAAAAAUGUAACUCCUGCUGAUACUUCCUAUUUGGAAAAGACUUUGCAGCAAUGUGUGCAAGACAAGACAUUGCAAAAUAAUCUUAGUCCAACUAAGUAUGACGAGAAAUUGAACACGAGUCAAGGAAGCCUUGUCUCAAUUGCAAUGAGACCUCCAAAGCUGGUACAAGAUAGUGGCACGAGAGAAGCCAGAUUGGAGGCUGAAGUCCAGCAUGAAAAGUUUGACACAAGCUCAAGUUCAACCAAAAGCUUUUCAGCAAGGAGUUCAAAUUGUACAACAAACAAAGAAAAUGACUGUUUUGUUACAGCAAGGAAGAAUAGUAGCACCAGAGCAAAUGAUGAAAAUUCUUGGAAGAGACCAGAAAAGAUAUUAUUACAGUGUUCAACAAAUCCAGGAACAGUUCCAUUGGCAUGUGAAAAGCGUGCCGUGACAAAGAGAAAGGCAUUAACAGAAGCAACAAAUCUUCAACAAUCGAAUGACUUGGAGAUUACAGGUAAAUGGCAAUGCCCACAGAAACGUAAACCUUAUGUUGGGCCUGCUCUGAAGCAACUUAGGCUUGAGCGCUGGGUUCGUAGGGUUUGAAAGUGGAUCUCCCAUUGUGUAACAGCAUAACACAUAUCAAAUGACCAUGUAGGGUGUUUUAAUUGUGUUAA